AUCAGGGCGGGGGCGGGAGGAGCUGCGGCUCUGUGAUUGGUCGAAUGCGCCGCGGAGGCCUCGGGGGCUUGGGGCGUCGGGGAGUGCGCGAGGCGGCCCUCGUUGUGUGCACUAGCGGAGACAAAGCCGUGGCUGAGGUGGCGGUGGCGGCUCCGGCAGCGGCGGCGGGGCAGUCCUAAACGCCGAAUUUCGUGGUGCUGAGUCCUGUCAUCUAUCUCAUCCAGCGCGGUGCGCGGGCGGCUGAUUUCGCGGCGGCGGCGUCAGCGGCGGAGGCAGAGGCGGCGGCAGCACAUGGUUCCAAGAGCGCGCUGCGGUUGUUGGGUUCCAAUUCCGUGGGGAGGGACAAAGGCAGCUGCGAGCGCCGGGCAACGCCCGGUCGGGUGGUGUGCUCGCCACUGCCUUGGAUCCGGGCCUUGAAAGCUGGGACUAUCUCCUCUCUGUGAGGAGGAGGCCACGGGCCGAGGCGCGGGGAAGGCCCAGAGAGGCUGAGUCCUCUGUCUGAGGGAGGUGGGGGAGGGGCGCAGCCCGCCCGAGGUGAUUUGGGCGGGUCAGUUCUGAGGCAUUUUAGUGGGUCAUUGUGAGGUAAUUUGACCCACUCCCCUGAGGAGAUUGGGGCGGGACAGCAAGCAAGGUUUUGUCUGGGCUUUGAAAACAGAAAUCGGCUGUAGCAUUUAGAUCUUUCAGUUGGGAGGUGGUGAAUCCGGAACUAAACGCCAUAUGCACUCCAUCGACAUCGUGGUUACCAGUCGGGGGCCCUUUUAAGGAUCCUGCAAUCAUUGGUGGCGAAGACAUGGGUGAUUGUCCAGAUUUAUAACAGAAGUUGAUAAAUUUGCAGAUUGGUAAAUUUCCUCACAGGACAUUUAAAGGAACAACAACAACAAAAGGCUGGAAGAACACGAAGACGGCGCAGUAAUAAAAUCGCCGACUCCAGAACCAUCUACUGCAAGACCAUCCACAUUCGACUCAUUGAACUAUCGCAGCUUAACGCUAAAGCUCCUUAAGACUACAGAUUUAUGACGUAGUUCUUUCCAAAAUAAUACAACAUAGUCGUUGAGAAGAUAAAAAAAAAAUUUAAAGGAGAAAUCAAUAGUAGUUUUAGACAUCUCUUUGAAUAUAUUUUGGAUAGGUACUAGGUAACCUUGUUUAACUGUAAGGAGCACAGACUUACCAAACCUUUACUGGAAAGAAUCCUGGGAAAUUGAUUCCAUUGUAAGGUUUAUUUCCCAGUUAGUGAGUAAAGGACUUGGAGACCGAAGCGCACUCAUGGCUUUCACAAAUUACAGCAGUCUGAAUCGAGCUCAGCUAACCUUUGAAUAUCUGCACACAAAUUCAACGACUCAUGAAUUCUUGUUUGGUGCUCUUGCUGAAUUGGUUGAUAAUGCAAGAGAUGCUGAUGCCACCAGAAUAGAUAUUUAUGCAGAAAGGCGAGAGGACCUUCGAGGAGGAUUUAUGCUUUGCUUUUUGGAUGAUGGAGCAGGAAUGGAUCCAAGUGAUGCUGCCAGUGUUAUCCAGUUUGGGAAGUCAGCCAAGCGAACGCCUGAGUCCACCCAGAUUGGGCAGUACGGGAAUGGGUUAAAAUCGGGCUCAAUGCGCAUUGGAAAGGAUUUUAUCCUCUUCACCAAGAAGGAAGACACCAUGACCUGCCUCUUCCUGUCUCGUACCUUUCACGAGGAGGAAGGCAUUGAUGAAGUGAUAGUCCCAUUGCCCACCUGGAAUGCUCGGACCCGGGAACCUGUCACAGACAAUGUGGAGAAGUUUGCCAUCGAGACAGAACUCAUCUACAAGUAUUCUCCCUUCCGCAAUGAGGAGGAUGUGAUGACUCAAUUCAUGAAGAUUCCUGGGGACAGUGGAACACUGGUGAUCAUCUUCAAUCUCAAACUCAUGGAUAAUGGAGAGCCAGAGCUAGACAUAACGUCAAAUCCAAGAGAUAUCCAGAUGGCAGAGACUUCCCCAGAGGGCGCGAAGCCAGAGCGGCGCUCCUUCCGCGCCUAUGCUGCUGUGCUGUAUAUUGAUCCCCGGAUGAGGAUCUUCAUCCAUGGGCACAAGGUGCAGACCAAGAGACUCUCCUGCUGCCUGUACAAGCCCAGGAUGUAUAAGUACACGUCAAGCCGUUUCAAGACACGUGCAGAGCAGGAGGUGAAGAAAGCCGAGCAUGUAGCGCGGAUUGCUGAAGAAAAGGCACGGGAGGCAGAGAGCAAAGCUCGGACAUUAGAGCUACGCCUAGGUGGAGACCUCACACGAGACUCCAGGGUGAUGUUGCGGCAGGUCCAGAACACAGCCAUUACCCUGCGCAGAGAAGCCGAUGUCAAGAAGCGGAUCAAGGAGGCCAAGCAGCGAGCACUUAAAGAACCUAAGGAACUGAAUUUUGUUUUUGGGGUCAACAUCGAACACCGUGACCUGGAUGGCAUGUUCAUCUACAACUGUAGCCGCCUGAUCAAGAUGUAUGAGAAAGUGGGUCCACAGCUGGAAGGCGGCAUGGCAUGUGGUGGGGUUGUUGGGGUCGUUGAUGUUCCCUACCUGGUCCUGGAGCCUACACACAAUAAGCAGGACUUUGCUGAUGCCAAGGAGUUCCGGCACCUGUUGCGGGCGAUGGGGGAGCACCUGGCACAGUACUGGAAGGACAUUGCCAUUGCCCAGAGGGGAAUUAUCAAGUUCUGGGAUGAAUUUGGCUACCUCUCUGCCAACUGGAACCAGCCUCCAUCCAGCGAGCUGCGUUACAAACGCCGGAGAGCUAUGGAAAUCCCAACCACCAUUCAGUGUGAUUUGUGUCUGAAGUGGCGGACCCUCCCCUUUCAGCUGAGUUCUGUGGAAAAAGAUUACCCUGACACCUGGGUUUGCUCCAUGAACCCUGAUCCUGAGCAGGACCGGUGUGAGGCUUCUGAACAGAAGCAGAAGGUUCCCCUGGGGACAUUCAGAAAGGACCUGAAGACACAGGAAGAGAAGCAGAAGCAGCUGACAGAGAAAAUUCGCCAGCAGCAGGAGAAGCUGGAGGCCCUGCAGAAAACCACACCCAUCCGUUCCCAAGCUGACCUGAAGAAAUUGCCCUUAGAAGUGACCACCAGACCUUCCACUGAGGAACCUGCACGUAGACCUCAGCGUCCUCGGUCACCUCCUUUACCUGCUGUGAUCAAGAAUGCCCCGAGCAGACCCCCUUCCCUACAAGCUCCCAGGCCAGCCAGCCAGCCCCGAAAGGCUCCUGUCAUUAGCAGUACCCCAAAGCCGCCUGCCCUGGCAGCCCGGGAGGAGGCCAGUACAUCCAGGCUGCUCCAGCCGCCCGAGGCACCCCGAAAGCCUGCUAACACUCCAGUCAAGACUGUGUCCCGGCCUGCUCCUCUGGUGCAGCCGCUGUCACCAUCUCUGCUGCCCAACUCCAAGAGCCCUCAGGAGGUCCCUGCCCCCAGAGUCAUCAAGACUCCAGUGGUCAAGAAGCCAGAGCCGCCCAGUAAACUCUCCCCGGCCACUCCUAGUCGGAAGCGGACACACGGGGUCUCUGACGAGGAAGAAGCUGAGGAAGAGGCUGAAAGGAGGAAGGAGAGGUCCAAGCGGGGCAAGUUUGCUGUGAAGGAGGAAAAGAAGGACUUGAACGAGCUUUCAGACAGUGCUGGGGAAGAGGACUCAGCUGACCUCAAGAGGGCUCAGAAAGAUAAAGGGCUGCACGUGGAGGUGCGUGUGAACAGGGAGUGGUACACAGGCCGUGUCACAGCUGUGGAGGUGGGCAAGAAUGUGGUGCGAUGGAAGGUGAAGUUUGACUACGUGCCCACAGACACAACACCCAGAGACCGCUGGGUGGAGAAGGGUAGCGAGGACGUGCGGUUGAUGAAGCCCCCUUCCCCGGAGUAUCAGAGCCCUGACACGCAGCAGGAGGGCGGGGAGGAGGAGGAGGCGGCAGUGGCCCAGCAGGCCAUAGCUCUGACAGAGCCCUCCACUUCGGACUGCAUUCGCAUUGAGCCUGACACCACCGCCCCAAGCACCAACCACGAGACCAUUGACCUGCUCGUCCAGAUCCUUCGGAAUUGUUUACGGUACUUCCUGCCUCCAAGUUUCCCCAUCUCCAAGAAGGAGCUGAGUGCUAUGAAUUCGGAUGAGCUAAUCUCGUUUCCUUUGAAAGAGUACUUCAGGCAGUAUGAAGUGGGGCUCCAGAAUCUGUGUCAUUCCUACCAGAGCCGCGCCGACUCGCGGGCCAAGGCCUCCGAAGAGAGCCUGCGCACCUCCGAGAGAAAGCUCCGCGAGACAGAGGAGAAGCUGCAGAAGCUGAGGACCAACAUCGUCGCACUCCUGCAAAAGGUGCAGGAGGAAUCUGUGGUUCCAACCCUGGCUGCACAGCAUCCUGACCAGGAGGGCUGCAGGUGAUAUGGCUACCUGGGCCUCUUGCCAGCCGGACCCAUGGUAUCAGACUGUUGCCCUUGUUUAGACAUUCUGAUGUGCAGCCUGGUUUGAGAACCCUCCAGCCAUAAAUCAGAAAGAAGUUUUCGCUUUUCCAGAUGACGCCCAGAUGGGAUUGGGUGGCCCAGAAGCGGGGAGUGCCCUGUACAGUCUCAGUCCUUCAUCCAGGCAGUAGACACUGAGGACCUGCUCUGUGCCUGUCCUGUGGAUACCGGGUGAACCAGACAGGCGAGAUAAGGUCCCUGCUGUCACAGCCCAACAGUCCGCUGGAGGAGACAGAAUUAUUGAUGGCAGGAAGUGUUAUGAAGUAACUAUGACAACAGACGGAAAAUGGGGAGGCCACUUUACUAGGGUGUUCGGGGUAGCCUCUCUGAGGAGGUAUUUGAGCUGAGAGCAGAACCAGUCAUGCAAGAGCGGGAUGCGAGAGCUUUGGGCAGAGCGAAGAGCAGGACUCAAGGUCCAAGGCAGGGAGCUGUGGGCGAUAGAAGAGGUGGGACCUAUACGAGGUGGGAAGUCACUGGAGGGGUGUGGCACUAUCCAGUUUGCAAUCUAAGACAUUUACUCUGGUUGG